AUGUCCACCACGUCAGAUGAAGAUGAAACAGUUGCUGAGGAUAGUGUCGUUGAUAAAGACGCCAGUUGUUCUCAACUCGGAUGUGGCCGUUCUCUGAACAACGGUCGGUCUUCUUGUGAGCCGUCAGAUGGUUGUUCUUGCCCCUUGUGUCAUUGCUCAUACUCCAACAGUAACUCGCUUUGGCAGCAUAUCAAUCUGGAGCACAUCUCGCGCUCUCAUUUUUCCUCUGUGUCGUUUCUUUCUGCUCACGGGCGUCGUCUUUGUUCUGUUUGCGGCUUUGCCUAUUCUGCACAUUGGAAGGUCUGCCGACGUUCUCAAGGCUCUGGUCGCGCAAGAUGUGGUGGUGUGAUGGUUGAUCCGUCUUCUUCGUCGUGGUUUUCUAAGAUGGCGUCAGAAUAUGAACAGGAGGGUGUGGACGCAGUUCUUCUUGAUUCUGCUCAUCCUGAAGAUGUUCCUGGUGUGUCAAAUGCUUCUAUAUCUGGUCCUUCUGCUGCUCAAGCGUGCGAUUUUGAUGAUCCUGUUGUGGAAGCAAUCAGGGCUGCAUGUAACCUUGCGUGCCCCGUCCAUCUUGAGUCGGUUUUGUUUGAAGCCUUGAUGCAGGAAAUUUCUUUGUUGCCAGUCAAGACUGUUGGUCACAUUCCAUGUUCAGUCCGCCCUGCUGUUGCUGAAGCCCUUGCCACAGAAUUCAGGAAUGCCACUCAUCAUGGUCUGUGGGGUUAUGCACGCUUACACAUGUUUGCUAAGGCUGUGUUGAGAUGUCCACCAAGAGGAGGCAAGAAAAAGCGCGUUAUAGUUAAGGCUAUGUUACUCUCCCGGUUAGAACAGUGGACUUCUGGCAAUCUUCUGGGUCUUUGGUCUGAGGCUAGACUUGAUGCUGAUUCCAGAAAGUCGAUCUUUCCCAAGUCUUCUUCUGUUGAGCAAGCCAACCGAAAACGAGCAUUAGCUUAUGCCAGAGAGGGUCGUUACCGAGAAGCUAUGCGUUCUCUUGGCUCUUUGGGUACUGUCAAUCCCAACAACAAGAAGGCUCAUGAAGAAUUACGUCAGCGUCACCCUGCUCACGCUGUGCCAGGUCAUACUGAUGAGAUUCCUUCUCCUCUGUCUGCCAGUUUGGAUGCAGUUCUAGCUGCCCUUCAAUCUUUUCCUCGUGGUUCCAGUCCUGGUGCUUCUCAAUUGAAUUCUCAACAUUUGCUUGAUGCUAUUGGUACAACAACACCCUCAGCCAAGCAUUGUCUGGAGAACUUGACAUGCUUGAUUAACUUUCUUCUUUCUGGUCGUGCAGACCCCAGAAUAGCUCCCUGGUUGUGUGGAGCUCCUCUUACUGCUCUGCUGAAGAAGCAAGGUGGCAUUCGCCCAAUAGCAGUUGGUGAGGUUCUGCGUCGACUAAUCAGUCGCUUAUGCUGUUCUGCUGUGAAGGCAGACUUGCCAGAUACUUUUUUGCCUUAUGGUCAGGUUGGAGUUGGGGUCCCAGGAGGUUUAGACGCUGCCAUACAUGCUCUGUCUAGUUGUAUAGCACGCUAUGGGUCGGAUCCUUCUCUUUGUUGCCUCAAAAUUGAUAUGACAAAUGCUUUCAAUGAAUGUUCUCGCGUUUCAUUUUUGGGUCGUUUACACAAAGAGUUUCCAGCCCUUUUUGGAUGGUCAUCAUGGUGUUAUCACUGCGAAAGUAUGCUAUCCUUUGGCUCUUCAUGGAUUAAGUCAUGCGCAGGAGUGCAGCAAGGGAUCCCCUUGGGCCACUUCUUUUCUCCUUAG